AUGCACUCCAAAGUCAUCAUAAUCGGCUCCGGCCCCGCCGCCCACACCGCAGCCGUCUACCUCUCGCGCGCCGAGCUGAACCCGGUGUUAUACGAAGGAAUGCUGGCAAACGGUAUAGCUGCGGGCGGCCAAUUGACCACGACCACGGACGUGGAGAAUUAUCCAGGAUUCCCUGGUGGUAUAGGGGGCUCAGAGCUUAUGGAUGCCAUGCGGGCGCAAUCGGAGAGGUUUGGGACGAAGAUCAUUUCGGAGACGAUAGAGAAGGUCGAUCUGUCGAGUCGGCCGUUUAAACUGUGGCCUGAAGAUACGGACGAGCCAGUUACAGCCUCGGCGGUCAUAGUAGCCACAGGGGCCAGUGCAAGGCGGUUGAAUUUACCAGGCGAGGAGAAAUAUUGGCAAAACGGUAUAUCCGCCUGUGCGGUCUGCGACGGCGCUGUACCCAUAUUCAGGAAAAAACCCCUGGUCGUGAUCGGAGGCGGCGAUUCAGCGGCCGAAGAAGCCAUGUUCCUGGCAAAAUACGGCAGUCAUGUCACCGUGCUCGUACGGAAGGACAGGUUAAGGGCCAGCAAAACGAUGGCGAAGCGGUUACUUGCGCACCCCAAGGUAAGCGUCAGGUAUAACACCGUGGCGACCGAGGUUACGGGCGAGAAGAAAGACCGCGGCCUCAUGACGGGCCUGCGUCUCCGAAACGUCUCCACGGGCGAAGAGUCGGAAAUGGAGGCCAACGGCCUCUUCUACGCCGUCGGGCACGACCCGGCGACCGCCAUGUUCCGCGGCGUCCUCGACAUGGACGGCGACAACUACAUCCUCACGAAGCCGGGGACGAGCUACACGAACGUGGAGGGGGUCUUCGCGGCGGGGGACGUGCAGGACAGGCGGUACCGGCAGGCCAUCACGAGCGCGGGGAGCGGGUGCGUCGCGGCGCUGGAGGCGGAGAAGUUUCUGGCCGAGGCGGAGGACGAGGACGUGGAGGGGGGCCUCGAGGGGGAGAAGCAGGCGGAGAAGCCUACGAAUGGGGAGGCGCCUGAGUACAGGGGUAAUCCUUUGCUUUGA